CGGCGGCUGCUGUGGGCGCUGCCGGUCCGCUUCCUGUCUGCUGCCUGCGCUCUCUGUGCACAGUCGGGAUCCGGGGCGUGCGGAGACGCUGAAAGGAAGAGGGCCGCUGCCUUGAGGGCCGCCCGGCAUGAAGCGCAGCUCGGCGUCCACGGGCGGCGCGGGCCGUCUGUCCAUGCAGGAGCUGCGCUCGCAGGAGCUGCCCAGGCAGGGCCUCUACACGCCACAGACCAAAGAGAAACCAGCCUUUGGAAAACUUAGCAUCAACAAGCCCACGUCUGAAAGGAAAGUCUCUGUAUUUGGCAAAAGGACUAGUGGACAUGGAUCCCGGAAUAGUCAAUUUGGAAUAUUUUCCAAUUCUGAAAAAAUCAAAGACCCAAGGCCACUUAGUGACAAAACAUUCAUCCAGCAGUGUAUUCGACAACUCUGCGAGUUUCUUACAGAAAAUGGUUAUGCUUAUAGUGUGUCCAUGAAGUCUCUCCAAGCUCCUUCUGUGAAAGACUUCCUGAAGAUCUUCAGUUUUCUUUAUGGCUUCCUGUGCCCUUCCUAUGAGCUUCCUGCCACAAAGUUUGAAGAAGAGAUUCCAAGAAUUUUUAAAAACCUUGGGUAUCCUUUCGCAUUAUCCAAAAGUUCCAUGUAUACGGUGGGGGCCCCUCACACGUGGCCUCACAUUGUGGCAGCUCUGGUUUGGCUGAUAGACUGCAUCAAGUUACAUAAUGCCAUGAAAGACCGCCCACCGUUAUUUGAUGAUGGACAAUCUUGGGGAGAAGAAACCGAAGAUGGGAUCAUGCAUAAUAAGUUGUUCCUGGACUACACCAUCAAGUGCUAUGAGAGCUUCAUGACUGGCGCUGACAGCUUCGAGGACAUGAAUGCAGAGCUGCAGUUGAAGCUGAAGGAUUUAUUUAAUGUAGAUGCUUCCAAGUUGGAGUCAUUAGCAGCAGAAAACAAAGCACUGAAUGAACAGAUCACAAGACGGGAACGAGAAAGAGAGAAGGAACCGAACCGUUUAGAAUCCUUGAGAAAGACAAAACUUGCCUUACAAGCAGAUAUUCAGAAUUAUCAGGCAUUCAAGAGCAACUUGGAGUCUCAUUCAGCAAUUCUUGACCAGAAAUUGAAUGGUCUUGAUGAAGAAAUUUCAAGAAUAGAAGCAGAAUGUGAAGCACUGCAGCAGGAGAACAGCCGGCUGCAGAAUGUCGUCGACACCCAGAAGUACUCAGUCGCAGACAUUGAGAGGAUAAACCAUGAGAGAAAUGAGCUCCAGCAGACUAUCAAUAAGCUAACGAGGGACCUAGAGGCUGAGCAGCAGCAGUUGUGGAACGAGGAGCUCAAGUAUGCCAAAGGCAAAGAAGCGAUUGAUAUGCAAUUAGCAGAGUACCACAAAUUGGCUAGAAAAUUAAAACUGAUCCCUAAGGGUUCUGAGAAUUCCAAAGGUCAUGACUUUGAAAUUAAGUUUCACCCUGAAACUGGCACCAACUGCCUGGUCAAAUACAGAGCUCAAGUUUAUGUGCCACUCAAGGAACUUCUGAACCAAACCGAAGAGGAAAUUAAUAAGGCUCAAAAUAAAAAAAUGGGACUAGAGGAUACUUUAGAGCAAUUAAAUACAAUGAUAACAGACAGCAAGAGAAGCGUAAGAACUCUGAAGGAAGAAGUCCAAAAACUGGAGGAUCUUCACCAACAAAAACUAAAGGAGGCUGAGGAAGAGGACCAGAAAUGUGCCAGUGAGCUAGAGUCCCUGGAGAAACACAAGCGCCUGCUGGAGAAUGUUGUCAAUGAGGGCCUGAGUGAAGCCCGGGACGAACUGGACACUGUUCAGCGCGAAUACCAACUGGUCGUGCAGAUCACAACUGAAGAAAGGCGGAAAGUGGGGAAUAACUUGCAGCGCCUUUUAGAGAUGGUGGCUACACAUGUCGGGUCUGUGGAGAAACAUCUUCAGGAGCAGAUUGCUAAAGCUGAUAGAGAAUAUGAAGAGUGUGGGUCCGAAGACCUUCUGGAAAGUGUGAAAGAGACCGGAGACAAGUACGAGAAGAGAGCUGCUCUGUUCAAGACUGCGGAUGAGUGAGGCUCCGGCGUCACCAUGGAAGCCAGAGCCGCUUUAGCUACUCACACUGAGGGGUCCUUCAUAGACUUGAAGGCCUCUGACCUGUCUUCUGUAAAUACUGAGAGGUCCUUCGUAGACUUGAAGGCCUCUGACCUGUCGUCUGUAUAUACUGAGAGGUCCUUUGUUGGCUUAAAAGCCUUUGACAUAUCUCAUACCCCCUCUCCAUAAUCAAGUCUCAUGGCCUUAUCUUCCCGAGUGUGAAAUGUGUUUGUGUCUUACAAAUCUAAUUCAUUCUGUAAUCUAAAAUGAUGAUGACUUGUUAUUUUUCGAUGUCAUAGACCAGUUAUAUACCCAAAGUUAAUAAAAUUAUACCAGUUAGCAAAGUG